UCUCUCUCCUUUUUCUUUUCCAUUUUAUUUUAGUUACUGAUGAUUGAUUUGUUCAGUCGGAGUUUUCUGCUUUUAGAUAGAUAUGUUAGCUAUGAUGACUGGAUUGUUAAGAUAAAAGAGGAAAAAAAACUACGUACAACCACAAAAAUUUGAUAUCAGCUAAUUUAUACCUUAAAUUGCCAUUGAUAAAGAGAGUAAUUCCAUCAUGCAAUAAAUUGGAAUGUAGGAUAAGAGUAAAGUUUAUUGCUUUCCUAAAAAAAUGAAAGAGGAAGAAGUAAAUAGGUGCCAGAUUCAGGAGUGGUAUCCCAGAUUUAAAUCUGAUUCCAUAAAAACAAUGAUUCAUGAGCUGCCUGAAUCCUUUAUAGAGUAUCUUAUGGAUGAUCAUGGUCCGUUCCUUCUCCCCCUUUCCAUUGAUGACAAUGAUGCACUGCCUAAUAGGAUUCAUAAACCGGAAGAGGAGGAGGACUUUGAAGUAUCUGAAGGAUCGGAAGAUGAAUCAGAACAACCGUCACCUCCUCCUUCUUUUCCGGAACUGGAAAUGAAGAUCAAGGAAUCUAUAGAGUCCCUUGGGGGCUCUGUCUUCCCUAAGCUUAAUUGGAGUGCACCAAAAGAUGCUGCAUGGAUCAGUUCAACUGGGAAUCUAUGUUGCAACUCUUUCAGUGAGGUUGCAAUUUUACUACGGGCAUCGGAUUCUCUAGUCCAUGAUCUGUGCCAUGUGUAUGAUUCCUGCAGUGAUAAGACUGUCUCAAGGCCCCCAAAGUUUUUUCUUGCACUUCGCAAAUGGUACUCAUCCCUGCGGCCCGAGAUGGAAUUUCGCUGCUUUGUACGCAAUGGGAUCCUUGUGGGGGUCUCUCAGCGCGAGGUGACUGGAUUUUAUCCUGCUCUUGUUGAGAAGAAAGAUGAGCUGAUAACAAUAGUCCAGAGAUUUUUUAUGUAUAAGGUGAAGGGAAAUUUUGAAUCAGAAAGUUAUACUUUUGAUAUAUAUGUCACAAAUGAUGACCGAGUUAAGCUUUUGGAUUUUAAUCCUUGGGGCGCAUUUACCUUACCUUUGCUUUUCACCUGGGAGGAAUUAGAAGUUAAUUCGAAUAAAGAGGGAGAUCACUUGGAGUUUAGACUUGUAGAAAGCCAGUGUGGGGUUCGUCCUGGUUUGAAAACUGCUGUUCCUUAUGAUUACCUGGAUACUAGUCCAGGUAGUGGUUGGGAUGAGUUUCUUAAAAAGGCUGAUGAGGAAUUGGGACAACAGAUCAGGUCUCCUCAAGCAGGUGCUUGAUUGCUAGAUGUUCAAUGACGGAGAGAAAUAUCAUGGACCAGGACAGUCUUCCUGAGAACUUGGGUUUUACUCAUUCUUGUGUGCAUUGGAUGUAAUUUACUGUAAUCACAAAGGGCAGGGGACAACAUUCAUCAGUAUGUAUUGAUUAAUGUGUUUUAAAUCUUGUUUGAGCAAUCGUCUUGCCAAUUUCAAGAGUUCAGGAUAUGGUUGACACUAAAA